AUGGUAACUGUUACGUACGUCCAGUUUAUUAAUACUUUUCAAUCAAAACCAGGUACAAUCAUCAAUUGUUGUCUAUCAUUAAAUGAACAAACUCGUACUCAUACAUGUGAUGAAAUAGCAUCAUUCAUCGAUGUUCUCUAUUGUCAAAUCGAACAAUUAAUAAUAAAAACUCAACCAACAGCAUAUCAUAUAUUUGAUAAUGAAACAAUAAUUAUAACAUUAUUAAAUGAAAAUAAUGAUGAACAAUUAAAUGUUGAUAAUAGUUGUCGUUUAGCUAUUGAAUUAUUUCGUUUUAUUCAACAUGUUAAUAAUAUAACACAAUGGAAUUUAAAAUUAAUUAUCGGUAUUGAUUAUAAUCAAAUAAAUAUAUAUUCAUCAAAAUAUAUUGAAGGUUUACCAUAUGAUUAUUCUCGAUGGUUACGUGAAGAAUGUCUUAUUAAUAAUCAUAUACAUGUAUCAUCAAGAAUUUAUAAUAUUUUAAAAGAAAAUCAAUUUUAUAAAUUUUCAUCAAUAACAAAUCAUUCAACAUAUUUACUUUCAAAUGAAACUAUGUAUGAAUCAUAUAAUAAUAAUAUAUCAAUGAAUAUAUCGGAUAUGAUUGAUCAAUUAACACGUAUUCAAGUUGAUUAUCAUGUUAAAAAACAUUUAAAUACAAAAACAUUAACACAUUCAUUACGUAAACAAAGUUUAUUUGAAUUAACAUCGAAAUAUAUAUAUUGGUUUAGUUUAAAUUUUAAAGAAAACUAUUUAACAAAAGAUUUUCAAUUAAUACAUCGUACAAAUCGUCUAAAUUGUUUUAUUUAUAUAUUUAUAUUAAUAAUUUUAAUUGGAUCAUUAUUACAAUCAUAUGUAAUUGAUUAUUUAAAUAUAUAUUAUUUAAUAUUAUAUCCAUUAAUUAUUAUUGGACUUAUUUUAUUUAUAAUUAUAUUUUAUUCGUCAAUGCAUAUGAAUAAUUCAGAUAGAAAUAAAAAAUUUUAUGCUUAUUUAAAUAUUCUUAUUUGUAUUACAUUAACAAUAUUAGUUUUUGUUGCUAUACAAUAUCAUUCAAUACAAAAUUUUCAAUAUUUAUUUAUUUCAAAUCAGUCAAUUAAUAAAACACUAAUAAUAACAAAAUUAAAAAAUUCAUCUACUAAUCAAAUUAAUUCAACAAUUCAUCAAUCAUUAUUUCAUCGUCAAUAUCAUGAAUAUCUUGUAUUAACACCGAUAUAUCCACUUUAUUUCUGUACUUUAUUUCGUCAAUGUUCAUGGUUAAUAAAAACAUUCUUCAUUAUUAUUUGUUCAAUUUUACAAUUAUAUAUAUUAGAAUAUAUUUGGUUAACAACAAAUACAUAUUUUUCAUCUAUAAAUAGUUUACAUCAUUAUACAACAUCAACAUUGAUUAUAUUUCAUAAUUUUCUUUUGAUUAUUUUAUCGUAUAUUCAUGAAUGGUUAGAAAAAAUUGAUUUUAUUUGGUUUAAACAAAUUGAUAAUGAACGUUUGAUAAUAAUUCGACAACGAAAUCAACUUAUUAAACAAACAUCUUUUAUUUUACCAUUACGUGUUAUUAAUUAUUAUUUAAAUGGAAAUUCAAAUUUAUCAUUAACACAACAUUAUCAUUAUAAAUAUGAUCAAAUGGGUUUAUUAUAUAUUCGUUUUAAUUUAAUACAUAAUAAAGAUGAAUAUUCAUUAAUUAAUUUUAUUAAUAAUAUUGAAUAUUUAUUAAAAAAUAGUGAUAAAUAUAAUAAUAUCGUUAUGCAUAAAAAAUCAACAAUCAAAGAAAUUAUUUUUUCUAUAGAUUUAUCUAAUUCAUUAAAGUCAAUUCAAGAAUUAAUUGAAUUUUUAUUUCAAAUCGAUGAACAUAUAAAAUCACUUCAAGUAAAUCUUACUGCUUGUUUACAUAUUGGUUGUAUCAAUGAAAUUUUAAUACAUUUUGAAAAAUAUCCUAAAAUUGAUAUGUGGAGUGAACAUAUAUCAUUUAUUCAAUUACUUAUGUCAAAAAUACAAAUAAAUCAUUGUUUAGUAACGUCGUCAGUAUAUCAUUUAUUAAAUGAUUUAUAUUUAUUUCGAAUAGCUGGAUCGAUUAUAAAUACACCAAUGAAUAUUGAAAAUAAUACAAAUAUUUAUUUUUUACUUGGACGUCUUAUUGGAGAUAAUAUAUUUCAGGGUCGUAAUGCUCUUCCAUUGACAAUUAAUCAACCAAAUAAUAAUACUAUUCCAAAAUCUUCUAGUAUAGAUGAUUCUCAAUGUUCUCAAUAUCAAUUUAAACAUAAUUCUCAUAACGAUAAAAAUCCUUCAACAACAACAACAACAUCAUCAUCAGGUAUUCUUAAUGAUCAACAAAGUCUUCUUAAACAAUCGUCACGAAAACAUAAUCGUACAUCAAAUACAAAUUCCAGUCAAUCAUCAUAUCGUCAUACGCUUUUACAAGCAUUAGAUCCUACAGCUAAUAAUUUACAUCAAAUAAGUCCAAUAAAAAAACUAUCACACAUGAUUCAUUCAAAUGAAAAUAAUUCUUGGUCAUCGAAAGACACAGCAACAAGUGCUAGUAAAUAUUUAAUGCUUACGCAAAAACUGCUCAAUAAAUCAACAGGUUAA